GGAAGUAUAAAUAAUAAAGCAAGAAAAGCAGAUCCAUUGGCUGGCUCCGUAGAUUUCUUCUGAAUGUACUGACAAUCUCCAAGGAAAAUGAACCCCAUGCUGGUCCUGGGCCUGCUUCUGGCUGGCCUCCUCACCGUGGAAGGUCUUCUGAAGCCCAACUUCUCUCCAGAGAAUCAUGAAGCUGUGAGUCAGGGCCAAGCAGGGAAGGGAAGGACGACAGCUCAGGAGCUUGCAAAGCGAAACACAGACUUUGGCCUCAAGCUGUUCAAGAAGCUGUCCUUCAACAACCCUGACAAUAAUAUCUUGUUCUCCCCCGGGAGCAUCUCUAUGGCCUUCGCCAUGCUGUGUCUGGGUGCCCAGGACUCAACCCUGGCUGAGACCAAGGAAGCCUUCAAUUUCAGGAAUAUACCCAAGAAAGACCUUCAUGAAGGCUUCCAUUACCUCAUCCACAGGCUGAACCAGGCGAACCAGGACCGUAAGAUGAGACUCGGGAAUGCCUUGUUUAUCAACCAGAAGCUAAAGCCACAGAAGAAGUUUCUGACAGAUGUCAAGAACCUGUACAAGGCAGACACUGUCCCCACCAACUUCCAGAACUCGGAAAAUGCUCAGAAGCAGAUCAAUGACUAUGUCAGUGUGAAAACCCAGUGGAGAAUCAACAACUUAAUCAAGAAGAUAGACCCUGACACUGUGAUGCUUCUUAUCAAUUAUGUUUUCUUUCGAGCCAGGUGGCAACAUGAGUUUGAUCCAAAGGCAACUAAAGAGGAAGAUUUCAUUCUGGAUGGAAACAAGGCAGUGAAGGUGCCCAUGACGUUCCACAUGGGCAUGUAUGAAGUUGGUCAUGAUGACCAGCUUUCCUGUACUGUCCUGGAAAUGCCCUACCAGGGCAACAUGACGGCGGUCUUCAUUCUUCCUGAUGAGGGCAAAAUGAAGCACGUGGAGGAAGCCUUGGGGAUGAACACUUUUGCCAGAUGGAAAAAAUUACUCAUACGAAGGGUCACAGAUGUGUUUGUGCCCCGGUUGUUCAUCACCGGAAACCACGACCUGAAGAAGACUCUUUCCUACCUGGGUAUCACCAAAAUCUUUGAGGAACACGGUGAUCUCACCAGAAUCUCCCCUCAUCGAAGCCUGAAAGUGGGUGAGGCGGUGCACAAGGCUACCCUGAAGAUGGAUGAGAAGGGCACAGAGGGGGCCGCGGGCCCCGGAGCACAGACACUGCCCAUGUAG